GGACAUUCAAAAGUAGGCGGGUUCUACUUCUAGUUCAGUAGCCUUGGGCUUUAGUGAUUGUGAGAAAGAGUGCUUUUAUUACAAAAAUAAGUGUGUUUAUUCAAUUAAUAAAUGUGUUUGUAGUGUUUAAUCGUUCAAAAUGAAUAGAUUAUCAAUUUAAUUAUUCAAUUCAUGUUGAUAUAUAUUUAAAAUAUUUCUAUUUUGAUACAGAUGGCACUGAAAACGCUCAAGACUUCACAAGUUUGGUGAGGUUAUAACCAAAUUUGGAAGAAUCAAUCCGACUGCAGUUUGUUGCAUUUACUCCGUCAUUGACAGUUAUUUGAAGUUUUGUUUGGACGCACCCUUUUUCAGUAAAUACUCCAUAGUUAUUUUAGUCUUCAGCUACCUCCCUAGUUUGUAAGUGGGUGUUUUCUACUUCGAAAAUGUACCGGGUGAUUGUGAUUAAUGUUUGAAUAAACAAACAAGUUUCAAGACAAAAGUUUUUUUGGCAGCUAAAUAAUAAAAUGACACGGGAUCGAAUUGAAGAACUGAGGGCUGUAAGAAAUGGAGAAACAAGUCAGCUAUUGGGCAAUGGGAGAGACGAGGGACACCUUAAGAUUGAGAUUGCCUCCAACACAUCCAAGUACAGUGUCACGCCGACCGUCAAAUCACAAGACAGGAAGGAGAACAAAGAACUGGACAAUGUCUACAAAAAGGUGCAACAAAUCAAAGACCUCAUUCAAAAGAUCGAAGACGAAACAAUCGAACUGCGACGCAUUCAAGACAGCAGUCUCAAAACGGUGAUCGCCACCAAGUCAGAGGAGCACAAGACGCGUCUCGACGCCUCCAUGCUGACUAUAAGGGGUGCGUCGAAAGAGGCGCGUCGUGCCAUCCAAGAGCUGCAGGCGAUCCAAGAUGGCGGCGCUGGAACCAAGAUGGCCGCCGGACCGCUCACCAAGCGAGUGCUUGGUACGCAGCUGCCGAUGAUCAACCGCCAGUAUUUGAACGCCAUGCAGCAGUACCAGGACGCAUUGGUCGCCUAUAAAGAUAAGACUGAGACUAUGAUCAAGAAACAGCUCACUAUAGUAGUGGAAAGUGUAAUUGGUAGACGCCCCCCUCUGGUGCCUGUUGCAGCCAACCACAAGCUGACCAACGAGGAGCUAGAGGAGCUAUUCGACAAGCAGGACACAUCCGUCUUCGUCGAGAAUUAUAUUCAAAAAACAAUGGAAGCCAGACAAAACCUUCAAGAUAUCAGAGACAGACAUCAGGAGUUGAUGAACUUGGAAAAAUCCAUAAUCGAGCUCCAUGAAAUGUUUGGAGAUGUAGCUAUUUUAGUAGAAAACCAGGGCGAGAUGAUCGACAGGGUUGAAUCGUAUGUGGGUAACGGAGUAGAACUAGUCAAAAAAGGCCAAAUUGAACUGACGGAGGCUGAACGCAGUCAGAAACGAGCUAGAAAAAAAAAGAUGAUGCUGAUAAUUUGUUUGUUAUCUGUCUUGGCCAUAUUCAUAAUUGGGUCUGCCAUUUACACUUAUUUAAUAUCUUUGGCCGGCGGUACUUGAUUGAUUUCAUGCAGCUAACAAAACCAACACAAUUUUAAGUAUUAUAAUCACUAUAAUCACCCAGUCCAUUUACCAUAUUAAUCAAAAGUAAGUAAUCAAACUAAUUAUUUUUAUAGGAGUGAUACUUUAUGUUGAAUAAUCCAUAUUUUAUCAAGUCAUUGUGCUAAACAACGAAGAAGUAUUUUUGUUGAGUAUUGUAAUAAUUUUAUUUUAGUGUACUUGUGCGUACUUUUAUUGGUACUUAAUCGACUAAAUAAAGCUAUUUUAUGUUAGAUUAUAUAUAUAUAUUUUUUACGUGAUGAGUUUGGAAGAUACCAAAAUAAAUUUAUAUUUGAAAA